AUGCACCCGCGCGUGCACCGCCGCUCUCCCUCAGACACACUGGAGGGAAAGGUCAAACUAAAGGCGAGGGAGCCGGGAGGCCAGAGGGAGCCGACGCCGCUGCCGCCGCCGCCGCCGCCGCGCGCCAUGACGGACGGGGCUGAGGCCGCUUUCUCUCCGCCGCCGCCGCUGCCGAGCCGCGGCUCUCGUCGCGCCCCCUACCCCCGCCUCCCGCGCCCCCUCCCCCCCGGUGCUCGCGCGUCCACGCGCCCCCUCCCCCUCGGCGCUCCAGGCGCGCGUCGGGCCCGGGGCGCGCGCCGGCCCGAGCGGGCGCGGGAGGGUGGGGGCCGCGGCUGGCUGGCGGCCUCCUGGCGCGACCCCAGACCCCCUCGCCUGGCCCCUCGGCUAGAGCCCCCCAGGAGCACCUUGAUCUCUGGAGGAGCCGGAAGCUGAAUAAGGCCAGCCAAGUGGGUGCUCCAUGCCUGCCAGACCUGCACUGCAGUGGAAGCCCUGGACACGGAGUCUCAGGUGAGUGUCCCUUGUUGACGGGAUGCUCUGCGUGUUGUCCCACAUCACUUCCGGAAGAAUUAAAUUCGGUCCCUGCAGCUUCUCUAGAGAGGAAACGUGGAGGCUUGUGCGGGUCUCCUGGACUCUUCCCGGUGCCUUUCACAUUUGCUGAUUUUAAAUUUUAUCUUUUUGCUAUAAACUGUAACUGUCAGCCCGACAGCUUUUCUGAGUUCCAUGGGUCAUUGAACUAGAGAGUAAUCUGGGGGCCUCUGACAUGAUAUAUUUAAAGGACUAUGUUUUUAGAAAGAAUAUGCAGGAGUUCCCAUUGUGGCUUAGUGGGUGAAAGACCUGACAUUGUCUCUGUGAGGGUGUGGGUUUGAUCCCUGGCCUCACUCAGUGGGUUAAGGAUCUGGUGUUGCUGCAAGCUGCAGUUAGGCAAAUGCAGCCAGUAAAAUACAUUUUUAAAGAAAUAAAUAGAAUAUGCAGUAGAGACCAUAUGUGUCCCGAGAAGCUUAAAACAUUGCUGUUUGGCCCUUUGCAGAAAACUGUUUCCAACUCAUGCAGAAAUGUAACAAAUAAAUAACCUAUGUUAUUUUCACACAUUGAAAACAUAACAAUUAAAAUGGAUGAAUAGCUAUGUAAAUAAAUCUCAAACUGUUUUAAGUUAAAAAAGUAGCAGAAGAAUAAAGCAGUAGGAUACUAUUUAUGUAGCUUAAACUAUUGUUAUGAUUAAAUGUGUACGUAAAAUGUAAAAAGCACCAAGAAGGAUGUCCAGGAACCUCAGGAUUGUCCUGAGCUCCAGGGAAAAAAACGGAAUGGAAGGUAAGAAAUUUGUCAGAUUUCAUCCUUAAAAAGAGAGAUUCAGGGGAAAUAACUGAAUCUCAUGAAACAAAUAAAAAGAGUUUAUUUUACUGACUCUUUUGUUUCUUUCCCCAAUCAGCUUAGCUUGGAACUGUAGAAUGAUUGUGAUAAAGAUCUCGGCGGCCUCCCAUUCUUCAGGUUCUCCGUCAAGGCACAGGUCUUGGUCAGUGAAUUGCCCAAAGUCAUGAUAAACUCUUGUUUUGUUGUUUUUGCUUUUUAGGGCCGCACUCGAAGCGUAUGGAGGCUCCCAGGCUAGGGGCUGAAUGGGAACUACAGCUGUCGGCCUAUGUCACAGCUCACUGCCACGCUGGAUCCUUAAUCCACUGAGCGAGGCCAGGGAUCAAACCCACAUCCUCUUGGUUCCUAGUCGGAUUCAUUUCUGCUGCGCCACGACGAGAACUCUGAGUUCUUGUUUGUUUAAAGAGACCAUUCUGUAGGAAGUAUGUUAGUGCUGGCAGGGUCAGUAAUUUUGAACUAUGGGAACCUCUUAAAGGAAUAAGGGCUAUGCUAAUACAUUCCAGAGCUAUAUCAAGUUCUCUUUUAAUUCUGUCCAUCUAUAAAUUGAAGACUAUUGAGAAAUAGGUAUGGAAGAAAGAGAAACAUACAUUCUGAGAAUUCAUGCAGCUAGCUCUUUUACAGAUAGUAAAGCAUGCAUAGGGAGUUCCCUGGUGGCCUAGCAGUUAAGGACUCAGCAUUGUCGCUGCUGUGGCUCUGGUUCAGUCCCUGGCCCAGGAACUUCUGCAGCCCUGGGCACAGCCAAAAACAAAGAAAAGCAUGCACAGCCUCAGGGAUUAGUAUCCUUUAUGCUGGGGGUGAGCUGCUUAAUGCACUCUAGGUUUACAGUGGAGGCAAUAUACCUAAUUUGUAUUUUCUUAAAAUUUCUUUUGCUCUUUGAAGCAGUCGUAGAGAUCAUGCCAAGUUUAAGUGUGUGCUAAUAUGUAGACAGUUUAAAAGGUAUUAAAAGUUAAGGAGAUCUAGUUGUGGCUCAGCAGGUUAAGAACCCAACUAGUCUCUAUGAGGAUGUGGAUUCAAUCCCUGGCCUCUCUCAGUGGGUUAAAAGGAUCUGGUGUUGCCGCAAGCUGUGACGUAGUCAGAGAUGUGUCUUGGAGCCAGUGUUGCCAUGGCUGUGCUGUAGGCUGGCAGCUGCAGCACUGAUUCAACCCCUAGGCCUGGGAACUUCCAUAUGCUGUAGGUGUGACUAUAAAAAGAAAAAAAAAAGAAUUUAAAAAAGUUAAGUACUAGUAAGAUCUUAAGUAAUCAUCAAAUAAGAAAAUGGUUUUUUAAAUGUUGUGUAUACUGUAAAUUAGGGUAAAGUGGUACUACCACGAACCACACUGAAUUCAGAUUUCUAGUAUAUAAGUUUAAUACCUUACCUACUAACAUUCAGGGAGUUACUGGGAGAAUCAAAUGAGAUAAUAAACAUUUAAAAAAAGAAGAAAUGCUUUAUAAAUGUGAAAAUACUGUGUAAAUGAGUCUUAUAAAAGGUAGUACCAUCACCCUGACUGUGAUGACACUCGCGUGGGCUAAUUAUAAUUGUGAAAGAGAAAAAAUGCCUUCUUGGUUUCCUGAGACCAGAGGUGAAUUGAUUGAGCUACAAAUACGAAAAGUGAUUAAUACUCCUCUAGCUUUUUCUUUGCAUCCCAUAUCAGGUUGCAUGAGAGAUGAGAAAAGAGACAUAGCUCCUGCCCCUUUUACCAAUUCAGCAUUUAUUGAGCACCUACUAUGUGUUAGGAGGAGAGGAGCUAAGAACUUAAUAUAUUAAUUGUUCUCAUAUUUGCCUAACAAGGUAUUAUCCUUGUUUCAAAUGGAAAAAAAUUAUAUGCUUCAAAAACAACCUACAGGAGGUUCCCUUGUGGCCCAGCAGGUUAAGCAUCAGGCAUUGCCCCAGCUGUGGCUCUGGUUACAGCUGUGAUGUGGGUUUGAUCCCUGGCCCAGGGAACUUCCACAUGCCACAGGUGUGGCCAAAAAAAAAAAAGAAGAAGAAGGAAAAACAACCUACCAUACAAGAAAGCUAGGAUCCAAAUGCUAAAUAAUCCAGUGAAGCGAACCUAUGGUAGAGGAGAUGAGUGAAAGAAGACACUAGGGUGGGUGGAAGCGGUUAGGGAGGCCUCUGAGGACUUCGAGGAGGCCCUUGGAGGGUAGCUGGAAUUGGAUAGGUGAAGAAGAAUUGAAUAUUGUCAACAAGGGGAUGUGGUAACUAUGGUUACCGUUUACUGGGUUCCCUACCUAGUUAAGUCUAACAGUGGGCAUCCUGGAACUGAGAACACAGUCACUUGGUCCCAGGACAAGAGAUGGGGGGAGUGAAUGGGGGCGUUACUCC